AUGGAGAACAAAUAUAAUAUUGAUAACAAUAACAAAAACUUUUCUGAUAACAAUGGUCGGAAUGUCAAGCAAUCCCAAGUGAAUCAAUAUCGUAAGAAAAUAAAAAGAUGUGGGAUUUAUUUUGGUGUUGGUCAUGAUAAGAGGAACUGUCUUCAAGCAAUGAAUAAGACUGUGAAUAACAGUAUGAAAGAACAAUCUCAUGUUACACAUGAUUAUGUUUCUCCUGGUGGAUCAUCUUAUUGGAUUCCUGUUGUUUCAGACCACACCAAACCUAAAAUCAAUUCAAUUGUUGAUUCAUAUAGUGCAUCAUUAUCAAUGUAUUACAAUUACGCAUCAUUAGCAGGCUUUGAUGUCAGGCUUGGACCAAUUAGAACCACCGAAUCCGGCAUUAUCACACAACAACAUUUGUUAUGUAAUCGGGAAGGUAAACCAAGAACCGUUAAAGUGGAUACUUUAGACCCUCAACAUAAUAAGAUUCAAAGAAGGAAAAACUCAUUUAGUAAAGAUGCUGGAAAGAAAAAAAAUAUCCCAACUUUUUCUUUCGGGUUUAAAGUUGUUAAGAAAAAACUGAAUUCGAUUUUUUGGGCUGACGAAACCGCAAAGUACAACUACAACGCUUUUGGAGACGUUAACAUAUAUGAUAUGGUUUUCGUACCGUUCACUGGGACAGAUAAUCAUAAGAAAUGUGUGACUUUUGGUAUUGGACUUUUGAGUAGAGAAGAUGGUAGUUCUUAUUAUUGGCUGCUUAGAGCAUUUUUGAAAGCAUUCAAAAAACAACUUACGCUUGUUCUUGUAUAUCAAGAUCCAACUUUAAACAAGGUUGUUAAUGAAAUAACAUCGCAACUAGCCACAAACUCAGGUUUUCGAAAGUGUUUUCACUUUAUAAUUUGGAAUUCUAUGUUGGAACCCCAUGAUUUUGAAAAGGCAUGGAAAUCUUGUUUACAUGAGUUUAACAUUUCAAAUAACAAGUGGAUGCAAGAGAUGUAUGGGUUGCGUAGACGUUGGGUACCUGCAUUUUUCAAGGACAUACCGAUGUCUGGUCUUAUGAGAACUACAUCAUUGUCGAAAGGCCAAAAUUGGUCAUUUCAGAACAACACCCUUACUGCUCCUUAUCUUUUAAUGUUUAUGAUGACAUUUGAGGGUGUUAUGGAACGUCAAAGGUGUAAUCAAUUUGUCAACGACUUUAACACUGCUACAACACUUCCUAGAUUCAUCACAUAUAGUCCAAUUGAACCACAUGCUUCAAAGGUCUACACUCAUAAAAAAAUUUAUCAGGUGCAGAAAGAGAUUUCAGAUUCUGAUAAUACUUGUUUCCAAAUGAGUGUUACUUCUAAUAAUGGUGUUAACACUAUUAUUGUAUUGGAGAAUCAAAAGAACAUAACCACAAGGCAACCAUCAAGUCAUGUUGUUGAUGACAAACUUGAGGAAUACCAUUGCGAUUGUCUUACAGAGGAUACCUAA